UAAUAAUCCCUCGUGGAACAGUCACUGCUACUUUAUUACUCCCGCAACCUGUCCCGAAGCCCUAAACAACCAUGAAGGGCGCGGUCAGGCUUGCCACCUGUGCCUCCAUCAUCACCCUCAUUUACCUUCUCUACCUUCUAAAAAACCACCUCCAGGGCCUCUGUGACCAGUACAGCGCGGGCGCGUACUUAGUUGCUUGGAUGGCCAACCAUGGAGCACACCAUCACUCUCCCCACAGAGGCGCGGUCGGCGACAAGGUGAUCGUCAUGGCAAGACUGGAGGAGGAUGACACGAAUUGGGUGCAAGAAGAGCUUCCAGAUUGGCAACGCGCUAUCUACACCGUCAACCCAUCCAAUGCCACCGUCGAGGACUCCCACGCGCUCAUCACUCCCAUCAACAAGGGCCACGAGUCCAUGGCCUACCUGACCUACAUCAUCGACAACUACCACCGCCUCCCAUCCACCAUCGCCUUCCUCCACUCGCACCGCUCAGGCUUCCUGGCGGCCUGGCACGUUGACGCAAUGCUACACGACAACGUCGCCGCCAUGCGCGCUCUGCAGCUCCCCUUCGUCCAGGAGAAUGGCUACGUCAACCUCCGCUGCAAUUGGAACCCCGGAUGCAUGGAGAGUCAUCGGGUAAACAGACACGUCACGGAAGAUGUGUGGAGGGAGAUCUUCGAGGGCACCAGCACUCCCCCGCCGAAUAUGACUACAACAGACGGUCAACAACCACCGUAUACGAACAUGGAGGGUCAGAAUCUCAUGCAGAUUCCCCGUCGUGUCGGUGCCGCGUGUUGCGCCCAGUUCGCCGUGUCGCGCGACCAGGUGCUCAAGCGUCCGCGACAGGAUUAUGUCCAGUUUCGAGAUUGGGUCACGUAUACCCAACUGAACAGUGCCUCUAGUGGCCGGGUUAUGGAGUUUCUGUGGCAUAUUAUCUUUGGGAAGGGUGCUGUGUAUUGUCCCGACGAGGAGCUCUGCUAUUGUCAAGUUUAUGGCCGGUGUUGAAUUUCUCCUUCUUACUUUCUUUCGAUUGUUACUUUUACUCUGUACUAUUCCCC